UACAGCUGCCUUUGUAGCUAACCUAACUUUUUCAAGAGACCCACAUGCCAUAUCCUGUCUCUAUAUAAUGGAAGCGGCAAAGCUAAUUCUUCUCAUCUCAAUCCAAAGCUAGAGUUUUUCUCACCUCGAAAUGGCCUCUUCAGAAGAAGGACAAGUGAUCGGCUGUCACACCGUCGAUGAGUUCAAACAUCAAAUGCAAAAGGGCACUGAAUCAAAGAAAUUGGUGGUGAUUGACUUUACUGCCACAUGGUGCGGCCCGUGCCGUCUCAUCACCCCAGUUCUGGCUGAGUUAGCAAAAGAAAUCCCUCAUGUUAUCUUCCUCAAAGUUGACGUUGAUGAACUCAGGUCUGUUUCUGAGGAUUUUGCUGUGGAGGCAAUGCCUACUUUUGUGUUUAUUAAGGAUGGUAAUACUAUUGAUAGGGUUGUCGGUGCCCCUAAGAAAGAUGCUUUGGAAAAGAAGAUAAUUUUUCACUCUACUUCCACUGCCACUGCUUGAUGUUGUUAGCUUUGUUUCUAAGUUUAAGGUUCGGAUAAUUAAUAAACCAUUGUAUGAAUUCUCUUUGAUCUAGUUUUGAUUUAAUGAUUUCAAACGAUUGUCUUUCAGUUGAAUAAAUCAGUUGUAAUUUCUGUCUAUCUUGCUUCUUGAAUCUCCGCUUGCAGCCAUUUUUAACUAAG